AUGGCUGAUGAAGAAGUUGGAGAAGAAGAAACAGAAAUCCAAGAAGCAGGAGGUGACAGUGAAGCUGCCGUCACACCUGUUGAGACUGAAAAGCCUCUUGCACCACCUAAAUAUGAAGUGCGGCCUGGCCUUGGAGACAAGUUUCAAGCUCAAAACGUACGCGACAUCAUUGUGUCGACAAUGCAAGAGCAGCUACUAGGAAGGCAAUAUCGUUCAGACCAAGCUCCUCGUUGGGCUAAAGUUAUCGCAAAUGCAGUGAGACAGCGCGUACAAGAGCUUGAAAUGAAGAGAUACAAAAUAAUAGUACAGACAACUGUACUGGAACUUAAAGGCGCUGGAGUGAAAUGUGGACAGCGGUGUAUCUGGGACCCUGAGACUGAUGAUUAUGUGGACGACUUGUAUAGGAACGAUACAAUAUAUUGCUAUACCAUUGUCUAUGGCGUGUACUUGUACUGA